AUGGUUCAGUGCAAUGGAUGGGAGAGUGCUGCUCAAAAUCCUACUCAGGAUCCAAGAGGAUCAACUAGCAGACUAACAUCCUCGGAUGUUUACAGCAGUGAAUGGAUCGAUAAUCCCACCAAAGAAAAUAGUAGAAGGCGGGAUAAUGUGCAUGGAAGAAGUCCUGGCAAGAAUCAACUUGACAACAGUGGAACUCAAGACGGUAUACACCAUACAACAGAUUUUGCAGUGCCUUCAGCUCCACCAGCUCCCGAGCCAGUAUUAAGUGAAAGAUCAGUUCAUUAUCCAACCAUAGAUCUUACUCCAGUGGAAUUCUCGUCUUCUCCUGUAGAUGAGCAAGAAGGUUUACAGAAAACAGAUAAACUACACAAUUCUCCAUUGUGCAUAAUAUGUUGGGAAUCUCCUGUUGAGGCAGCAUGCGUUCCCUGCGGUCACAUGUUUGGCUGCUUGUCAUGCUCAAAUGAUAUCAAAAGCAGGAAAGGGGAUUGCCCUGUUUGUCGACAGAUGAUUGAUCAGGUCAUAAAGCUCUAUGCAGUCUAA